AUGCCGCAUUGUUUUGUGACUGGCUGGAGAAGUGGAAAUGAGUUUGCUAGAACUGCAGCGACAAAAAGACACUUUUUCAAGCCGCCGAGUGAGCCUGUACGUCUGAAAGAGUGGCAACGGGUGAUUCCAAGGAUUGAUAAGGUACUUUCGAGCACAUGUGUUGUCUGUGAUGUGCAUUUUGACGAAGGAGACAUUGUUAAAGAAUUUGUACAUCAUGUCGGUGAUGACUAGGUUGUCAUACCACGCGACAAGUGGGCUUUGAAAGUGUUUAACGGAGCUGUCCCCCGUAUCUUUCCUAUCUACCCGAAAUACCUGUGGAAGCCAGCACGGAAACGCAAGGCGCCUGCAGUGCGACAACCCCUUCAGUGCAAGCGGCAAAAGAGGCAGUGUCAAAAUUAUCAAGAAAAUACGUCGCCUGACGCUGACAAUUACGACGCUUCGAGUUUCGUGGAUUACAGUGCUGCAUCUCUAUUUGAUUAACUUUCGGCCAUAGCGCAAUGCGGUCGACGGCUACAAGGUUGGUUGGUGGAUGUAGUGGACCCAUCUGCUGUGGUGUACCACUUCGAGCUGAAGGACACCCUUUGUGUCAAGAAGGCGGUGUUGUUGUUAAAGGACCUUAGCUUUUCUGUUUGUGCUGACGGCCGACUAGUGCCACCAUGUGUCUACACUAUCAACUCGACUGUGGAAAUCAAGGCUCUUGCAGAUCUGAAGUCCUUUCUCUGAUAUGUGGAAAAGCUGAAAUUAUGCAGGGGGAUCUCAGCAAAGCAGUACCCAGAUGUCACAUCGUCAUCUGUGGCAACCACUGAUGGGAACACAUGGCGACGCAAUACCUGUACAACAUUGACAAUGAACACUACCUGAUGUGAAUGUAGAACCUUGACCAAACUCUUCUUGCAACGUGUGAAGAAACAAGACCAGAAGAGCAGCCAAAAAAGAGUAAGCAGAAAGUCAUUACGCCGAAGAGCCAUUCGGGCUACCACGAAAAGAGAGAAGGUGAAGCAAGAGCUGGCUGCCAUGAAGAAACAACUUUCUACUGUCAGUGAGGCAAAUAUAACGAGCGUGCUCAAUGUUCUUCCACAAAAGCAACAACUCUUGUUCAAGACUGCAUUUAUGGCUGCAAAAGCUAAAUCCAAAAAUGGGAGACGGUACGACGAGGAAUGGAUGAUGACAUGUCGCCUUUUGCAGAUAUCAAGUCCAAAGGCCUACAGUCUAAUUUCUGACAUGCAGGUGCUGCCGCUUCCAACGAGGGCUCCAUGCAAAUAUGGUUACAAUGAAAUUGCAUUGAAGAGCAUCAAGGAGCAUUUCCAUGGAAAGAACCAUCUGAGGAGAUGUGGUGUGCUACUUCUCGACGAGAUUAAGCUUAAGCAGUCUGUUGCCUUCAACAAAGUGUCGUAUCAAAUGGAUGGAUUUGUUGACUAUGGGGACGUCAGUGGCACUGCUACAGAUAAGCUUGCUGACCAUGCACUAGUUCUUAUGUUUGUGCCAUUUUUUGAGGACUGGGUGCAGCCCAUUGCAAGUUUUGCCACGAGAGGAGCAGUUCCUGGGGAUGUCCUUUCCAAACUUUUAAUAAGUGCAGUGCUGGAACUCCACAAGAACAAUGCCCCAGUGCUUGCCAUCAUCAGUGAUGGGGCUGGCAACAAUCGAUCAAUGUGGACCAAGCUAGGAAUAUCCGGAAAGCUGGACUCAGUGUGCCACUACAUCGAACACCCGUUAGAGCCUUCACAGAAGAUGUACCACAUGUACUUCAUGUGUGAUGUUCUGCAUACCAUAGAGUGCAUAAGGAAUCACCUAAAGAAGCACACUUACGGCAUGGCUAGUGAUCAUAAGGUAAACUUCCAACAUUAUAUCACACUCUACGAAACAGAGAAGGAUACUAUACGGGUUGUGCCAAAGCUGACAAGAGAGCAUAUCGCUCCUGGCAAUCUUCGUAAAAUGAGUGUCAGGCUUGCUACUCAGCUGUUUAGCCGUGGGAUAUCAAUUGGCCUCAGGGUGUACAGAGAAGCCAAGGUUCCAGGGAUGCAAGAUUCUGAAGGUACAGAAAUAUUUACAAGGUUGUUAAAUGACCUCUUUGAUGCAUUAAACAUCAAACUGCCAUCAAGAGGAGUCAGACAUAAGUCAACGGAAAUACAGCUUUCUCAGUCAUGCUGCAAUGACCAUUUUCGGGUAAUUAAAGAUUUCUUGGACUUGCUCAACAAACCAGAACAAAACUCAGUCCAGAAGAGCCUGAAGCUUUUUGCGUCAAAACAAACCACAGAGUCCCUGCGGGUCACACUGUUAUCUACGCCAGACCUCAUCAAGUACCUACUAGAUGAAUAUACCAGCUAUGUUCUGACGGCCAAGCUGAAUCAGGAUCCUUUGGAGCGACAUUUCGGGUUGGUGCGUUCAUUCGGAGGCGACGAGUCACAUCCCACAGUGGUGAACUUCACUCAAAUAUUUCGUUUGCUCAGCCUGUACACGCCCAUCAAGACAGCUCUACGUGGCAGUGUGCAAGGUGCCCCAAACAAUGUUGUUGUUCACAUUCAAGAUACACUGAAGACAACGAGGGCAACGUGUCGCACACAGCAAUCAUCUUUGCAUCACUCCAUUGAAGCUAAAUUGUUGCAGAUUGUGUCAAAUGUCACGGAUUCUUCUGUUCCAAGAGACGACGACCAUGCAUAUGCCAAAGGAAACAUUGAGGACAGUGUUGUGUACUAUUUGUGCGGGUACACAAUCCAUAAAUUUUCAAAGCACAAAGCAUGUGACGAAUGUAUUCGGGAUAUUAGCUGUGCAGUGCUAGUAGUUACAUGUGAUGCAUACUUAACAGCUUACAGAAGUAACAAAGACGGUUGCUUAAAUCAUCCGACUGCAGAAAUGUUAGAUGUACUGAAAAUUGUAAACAGCACUGUUUUUGCAUCUCUUGCUGAAUGUGGCCCUUGUGCAGACCUCUUCUGGAAAGUGUUGGAAAACCUCGAGCAGCACAAUCUUCCCCGUCUCGGCUGUGUCCAGCACAUGUCGUCAUUUACGUGUGAGAUACUCAACCUCUUUUUAAUAACCCGCAUGCAUUUCUAUACGAGAGAUGUCAAUCGACGCCUAGAGAGUAGCGAAAAGGCUGCUGUUGCCACAAAGAAAGUUCGUCUCCUGUAG